AUGGCUGGCCACAGCACACAACGCCAAAAGCAACUCUCUCGGCUUGCUAUCAUCAUCAUUGUUAUCCUGUUCGCUGCUGUGCUGGUACGCCAGCUAUUCUCGAAACCAACCCUUCGGGAUCAACACCCUCGUGCGCGCAGUCCUCAUACCUUGAUCCAGGGACGCUGGAAAGACGUGCGGACGUCACUGGGCUUACCUUCUCUUCCUGACACCAUCAACCAACCGGCUGCUGUUCUGCCCCCGUCAACAUCACAUCGCACAGGAAAGCUCCCCUCGCGCUUUGAUCUCCGUCGGAAGCGUGCUGAAGCAGACCUUCGGAGUCAGAACAGGCUUCAUCUCGCUACUGACGUGAGAGAUGCACCCCGCGUAUCAGUGCAAGCACUAGCCGCGUCAUUCCGCCGCAUUGCGGCAGCUGAGAAAGAAAUAGCAGAGAUGCGAGGCAAACAUGAGAAGUCGGGACAGAAGAUACGGGUCCAAAGACGUAUUGAGGACUGGCAGGACCCAACAAAUGCAAAAGACGUAUUGACUACUGUCACGAAUGACUAA